AACUUGAGUAACGGUUUCAUUACUGUCGUCUGUACUCGAGGGACGCGCAAAGAACUCGGCACUCGCUUUUUUUUGCAGGCAUUGCAGCUCAUUUUAGUACCUAUUCAAUAGUGUAACAAUGGCGGCUGACGCGUUCAGCGGUGUGAUUGUCUCGUCCCUGUCAGACUCUGGUCAAUCUAAGCCCAAAUAUGAAGAACCUGUUAUUUUGAAAUCUUGCUACGAUCCGAAUGGAAUCAGCAUCACCGUUCAAUCAGAAACUGGACGAGACCUAUUUGAGUUUCCAGUCACAAGAACUUCAGAAUACUCAAAAGUAGGCAAGAAAGGCUACCUGUUUGAAUUUGACUAUGAAACUAUAUUAUUCACAUUCAAAAAUGACACAGAUGCAUCCAAUUUUCACAAGUCAUUGGGCAAGUUACAACUGGGCAAAGAUUUGUCAGUAUUCACAGAAAGAACAGAAGACUCUUCAGCCUCACAGUACUUUCAAUUUUAUGGAUAUUUAUCUCAGCAGCAGAACAUGAUGCAGGACUACAUACGAACAAGCACAUACCAAAGAGCCAUUCUAUCCAAUUUGGAUGAUUUUAGAGAUAAAGUAGUUCUAGAUGUUGGUGCAGGAUCUGGCAUUCUGUCAUUUUUUGCUGUCCAAUCGGGAGCUUCUAAAGUGUAUGCUGUUGAAGCAUCUACCAUGGCUCAACAUGCUGAGUCCUUGGCAAAGUUCAAUUCCCUUGAACAGAUCCAAGUGGUGGCUGGCAAGAUAGAAGAGAUUGAAUUACCAGAAAAAGUUGAUAUUAUCAUUUCUGAACCCAUGGGCUACAUGCUUUUCAAUGAAAGAAUGUUGGAAACUUUUCUUCACGCUAAGAAGUGGCUCAAGCCGGGUGGUAAAAUGUUCCCCUCAAGAGGUGAUCUGCACAUAGCUCCCUUUAAUGAUGAAACCCUGUACAUGGAACAAUUUAAUAAAGCCAACUUUUGGUACCAGCAAAGCUUCCACGGAGUCGACUUGAGUUGCUUGAGAGCGGCCGCUAUGAAGGAAUACUUUCGCCAACCCAUUGUUGAUACAUUUGAUAUUCGAAUUUGCACCGCCAAGUCCGUCAGGCACGUUGUAGACUUUCACACUGCGUCAGAAUCCGAUCUUCACCGAAUGGAUAUCCCGCUCGAAUUUCAUGCCCUACAGUCUGGCUUAGUUCACGGGUUAGCCUUCUGGUUUGACGUUGCGUUCUUUGGCUCAUCGACUUCUGUCUGGUUAUCCACUGCACCCACUGAACCGUUGACUCACUGGUACCAAGUGCGCUGUUUGCUUGAAACUCCAAUUUUCGUCAAGCAGGGUCAGCUGCUCACCGGAACCGUCCUACUUUUGGCCAACAAAAGGCAAAGUUACGAUGUUACGAUUGAUUUGAGAGUGGAGGGAUCUGGUCUGACCAGCAGCAACACCCUCGACCUUAAAAACCCAUACUUCCGUUAUGCUGGACAACCGGCGCAGCCACCUCCGGGUCACAGCAGUGCAUCACCUAGUGAAACCUACUGGGCCCAGCUCGACGUUCAAGGUGCGCGGCAAGGUAAGUGUGACCCGUUUUCUCCUGUCACCAUGGUCAACGGCAUGACGGUCAACGGCCUCGGAGAAGUGUCUGCGAUGAGCGACGUGACGGGCGUCAACAACUCUAAUUCGUCGCUGCUGGGUCUGGGUAAGCAGCUCACCCACUACUUGAUUUUAGAAAAUCAAGUCGGUGCGCGGGGAGGCAGACCUCAGGUAGCUAACACUUACCCAACGUCGCAAAUUGGAGGCAACUCGUACACAACGACGCAGCAGCUCGUAUUGGGGGCUACAUCCCAUUACCCGUUGAGCAAUAGUUUAAUGAUCGGCGAUUACGUCACGCCCGGCAGCGUGAUCUUGCCCUCCGCCGCUCAUUUGGCCAACAUGGAAACCUUCCAGCCCUAGAUAAACCGCGUUAAGAAGAAUAAUAACGAGUUAAAGAGAAAAAGAAACGUGACAACUCCGUUACCUGGGACAGCUCCGCUGGAUGUGUCCGCAAGUACUUAUCAUCGUCUUUUUUUCGCAUUCCGCGUCGUUUCAAAACAUUUUUCACGCGAAACCCACAAAAAACACAUUCGCAUCAUGUUUUUUUUUUUGUCUUAUUUUGAUUGGUAACUGUCGUCCCUACAUUUCUCUUAAUUCCUGUAGUAUUUUGUUUUCCAAUCAUCCUUCGGUCCUUUGUUCCACACUAUUUUCUCCGAGAAAGGAGAAUGGGUCUUUUUCUUGGUUUUUAUUUUAUACCGCCGACUUGCGACUGUCUCCACCCGUUUGUUUGCUUUCACAUUCAACAAAACCACAUUAUCCUCUUCAGCCACUCACAAGGAAGUCUGUUCAUUUUCUUUGACGAAUAAAAUCAAAGGGUUGUGCAGCCUUUUCGAAAGCAA